AGCGGCUCCAGCAGCGGCAGCAGCGGCUUUGUGUCGUUUUAUUGUUUGUUAGCUGAUAUUUCAGUCACCAUGUGUUCAGUUCAGCAGCUGAGGGAUUUUAUCAGAGAGAGACUAACUGCUGCUGCGGAGGAAAUCUUCACUCAGGUAGCAAAAACCAUCAUUAGCUACGAGGAGGAGAUUAAAGUUCUGGAAACCUGCAGGAAUGAAGCUCAGAUAAAAACAACCGGAACCGCCGUCCCAAAGCAACAGGAAGAUGAGGAAGAUGAGGUUCUCACUGGCAGCCGGCUCUGCAGUCACAUGAUGAGUUUAAAUGAGAACCAGGAGGAGUCUGAGCCUCCACAAGAUGGCGACAGCAACCAGGAGCUGGGACAUCAGCUGCUGAAGGAGGAACCAGAAGCUCCUGGUGUGAAAGAGGAACGGCAGGAAGUCUGCUGCAGUCAGGAGGGACAGAGUCUUCAUUUCACUCAGACUCUGCAACAAACUGAAUUCAGUGAAGAAGAAGCAAACAUUGAGCAUCUGGACUCUAACAAUGUUUCUGCUCUGGAGAACCAGGAUGAAGCAGGAAGCUGCAGUCCUGUGUUAGCGAGUUGGGCCGAAUCGGUCCCAGAUAAAUCCUGUGAGUGUCGUGUCUGUGGGAAAGCCUUUAAAUCUCAGUAUAACAUGUUGCGACAUCUCAGAGAACACUCAGGGGAGAAGCCAUUGCGCUGUAAAAUAUGUGGAAAAGUGUUUGUGCAGACAUGUCAUUUGAAAGAGCACUUACAAAUGCACACAGGUGUCAAGCCCUUUUCCUGUGAAACCUGUGGGAAAAGCUUUACCAGGAAAUCCAGCCUGAAAGUUCACAGGAAAGCUCACACAGGUGACAAACCUUAUUCAUGUGAAACCUGUGGGAAACGUUUCAGCAGAAGUUUUUGUUUGAAAGUUCACAGAAAAACUCACACAGGCGUUAAGCCUUUUUCAUGUGAAAUCUGUGGGAAAAGCUUCCGUGAAAAAUGGUAUUUGAAAUUCCACAUCAAGACCCACACAGUGGAGCAGCCAUAUUCAUGCCAAGCAUGCGAUGAAAGCUUUAAUAGUAUGAAUGAACUGGUUUGUCACCAGAAAGUCCACAAACCUGUGAGGGGUUUCUGGUGAGGUGUGAAGGUUUGAAGGUUUGAAGUUUGAGGUUUGAAGGUUUGAAGGUUUCUGGUGAGUCGUUUCUCAGUUCUGCUCCAGAUGUUUCCGUCAUCCAGGCGUUUGCUUUCACAGCCAUGAUAAAGGUACCAAUCAGCUGCAGCAGUUAAUGUUUAACAUUUUGAACAUAAUUCUUCCAUCAAUACGACCAAAAGGUCCAUACAGUUCAAUAUUAAUGUAUGUGAAUCAGGAGUCAUGAAAAUGGGAUGAAAGGAAAGGAUGUCGCCAUGGUGGCUGAUCUUCAUAUGUAGAGGAGGUUGGAUGAGCCUUUAACUGGACCAUAAUGGUCCAGUUAAAGUCCGUGUUCCCUGUGGUUGAUGUUCUGAUGAAAAACUUAAACAUUUGUGUUUUCAUCAGCUUUCAAAGACUCUGAUGAAUGAAGCGUUUCUCCUGAACGACGUUUGAAGGUUAAAUAUGUUUCAACAUUUAUUUCUGUUAAUUGAUUUCUAAAUGUUUGACAGACUGAACUUGAUUGUUAAGCAACAUUGUAAAGUUCUGAUUUUGUUCAAUGUUCUGUGAAACCUUGCGUUGCCCUGGAUGUCCUCAGUGAAUA